AAAGAUAAAAGUCCCCAUGAACAAGUUGUGUUUCCGGGGUUAUGUCAAUUACACAGUGCAAUGACAUUGUACCACGAUUUUAAGAGAUCAGGACAGAGAGUGGGAACUUUGUUUUUUUACAUGCUCUGAAAGUUAAAUAUACUGACAUUGUUUUUAACAUGUCACAAAUAUAUACCGGUUUCACGGAGGAACGGCAAGGGGACUCACAGGGUCCUGCAGGGGUCAACUACAUUCCCACAGAUGAAGAGAGGAGGGUCUUCAGGGAGUGCAACCAGGAGAGCUUCUGGUACAGAUCUUUACCCUUCUCCGCAGUUAGUAUGGCCAUCACUCAAGCACUAGUCGUCCGAGGAACCCUGUCAUCGUCACCCAGAUUUGGUUCUCUCCCUAAAGUGGCCUUCGCGGGCCUGUGUGGCUAUCUGGCAGGGAAGAUGUCCUACAUGAAGACGUGUCAGGAGAAGUUCCAGAGGCUGGAGAGCUCCCCACUUGGAGAGGCCCUGAGAAAGAAGACACAGCUGCCUCCACUCUCUCCCCAAGGGCCCAGGUCAGAGAUGAGCGACCCAGAUGCCCAGUCUUUUGAGUCCAUGUUCCAGCCCUCGGAUCCACAGAGUCAGACCCCUCCCCAAGACAAAGAUUAUGGCUACAGCGCCCAGUCUCCUGAUUUCAUGGACCAGAGGGAAGACCCUAGGGCUCUGGCCCAGUCAUACCUGGGGGAGGAGGAGCCUAGGAGGAAGUCGGUGCUCUACGAGGACCUGAGGAACAAGAACAGGGAAAACUACGAGGUCACGCUCACCCAGAAGACUGAGACCCCGUCCAGGCCUGCCCCUGACAGACCCUCCCCCCAGAGGGAAGCAGUGCAUAAGAAUAUCUAUGGUGAUGCUUGGGACGAAUGAAGGAUUUCCUGUUACGGCUGCUUAUGUUACGACAGUUCCCUUCUGCUCGAGUUGUGUGUAGGCUGGAUUUGAGGUUGUCUGUGUAUGUCUGAAUGUGACUAGAAAUGUGUGGAAAAACCGCAAUCCUGACCCAAGACAUGUUACAUGAUUCCAACAAUAAAAGUAUAUUUUCUACA